UGUCCUGGCAGAGUUCCUCCAAAGUACAAAUACGCACAGAGCUCCCAUUGUUUGCAGCCCUUCACAAGCCCACUGAUCCUAAUAUGGAAUUCAGCAGGAAACCCAUGAUUUCCUGACACACAGCAAGCUGGAGAAAGAAAGGAAAAACUCCAUUAAAAACCUCCAGGCUCUCCUCCAUGUUAGAAAUGAAAUGGAAAAUGGAGUGGAUUUAACAGGAAUCCCUGAUUCCUGCAGCCAAGCUGGAGGAAGGGAAACGCGAAUCAAAGCCACAGGCUGCUGCUAUUUUUUAAGUCGCAAUAAAUACUGAGAACUCCCAAGCAGGAUGAAGAUUUCCUGACUCGGACGAAUGAGACGGGACAGAUAGUAUUUUUAUGAUAUUUAUCUCUGUAUAUUUAAUUUAUUAACCUCGAUGAUUCUCUUUACUGAUCUGGUAAUUGUUAGAAGUGGCUGUGACAGCCUGGAAACAUUAAUAUGAUUUCCUGAGUUUGAGAUUUGCUGCCCCCCCCCCCCCUCCAAACUCAGGAAAAGUCAAUACAAUCGCACUUCAUUUUUCCUUCAUGUGCACUUGGAAGUCCUGGGAGAAGCAACAGCAGCAGCAGCAGCAGCAACAGCAAGAAUGAACUGCAAGGAAAAUGACAACUGCACUGACGGGAGCAGCAAUAACGCGAAGAAGAUGUUAAAAUGUGUGGUGGUUGGGGAUGGUGCAGUUGGGAAAACCUGUUUGCUGAUGAGUUAUGCCAAUGAUGCCUUCCCAGAGGAGUAUGUCCCCACUGUGUUUGACCACUAUGCAGUAACUGUGACUGUGGGAGGACAGCAACACUUGCUGGGACUUUAUGACACUGCAGGGCAGGAGGACUACAACCAGCUGAGACCCCUGUCCUACCCUAACACCGACGUCUUCUUGAUCUGCUUCUCAGUGGUGAACCCUGCCUCGUAUCACAACGUCCAGGAGGAGUGGGUGCCCGAGCUGAAAGUCUGCAUGCCCAACGUGCCUUACGUCCUCAUAGGAACACAGAUCGAUCUUCGGGAUGAUCCUAAAACUUUGGCUCGGCUGCUUUAUAUGAAGGAGAAACCACUCACCUACGAGCAUGGAGUGAAGCUAGCAAAAGAGAUUGGAGCACAAUGUUAUCUGGAGUGCUCAGCUCUCACACAGAAAGGCCUUAAGACUGUCUUUGAUGAGGCAAUCCUGACCAUUUUCCACCCCAAGAAGAAGAAGAAGCAUUGUGCAAAGUGCCAUAGGUGCUGCACCCUUGUGUGAAGUCACUUGGAAAGAAAAUCAAGAUGAGUUCAAUGAAACAAAGCGGGUUAGAAAGGCAAUGAAGGUCACAUGAAACUGAAAUGGGGAACAUGACCAGAAAGUGGUCCUUCUUACCCAAAUAUAGGAGCCCUCUGUUCUGUGAAACCUCCAAGUUGAAUCACACUAGGCCAAUUCAUGUCUAUGUGCUUUCCUAAGCCUCCAGAGUUGUAUGCAGCCUGCUCCCACUACUGCAGACUGCACUGAGCCAACAGAAACCAGGAUGCCUGCUCCUGCUUGACUCUUCAAUUUAGGAAUAAGGUGAAGGUGGCAUGUGGAAAAAAAAAGUUCUAAAGGUGGUGAAAGAAACAAGAGAAACUCCAUUUCUGGCCUUAAGCAAGAAUCAAUUAAAAUUAGGAAUUUCCAGUACUUAGGGAUUGAAUCUGAAUUGACUGAAAGCACAUGGAGUUCUGUAGAAAUCUAAUAUGUAAGAUAUACACUAUAGGUAGGAUGUACUUUUUAACUACUUUUCUUUUAUAAGACUCACUAGUUCAGGAUAUUCUUUAGUUUGUUCAGAUCACAUGGAAGCAAAGGUGGAGUGAUUCCAAUAUUUUUUCACUUAAUGGUGAAACCUUACAGCAUCAGGAUGUUGCUGCACCCAAGCUAUCAAAAUGGAUCAACAUUUACCUCCAGACUUAAGGAAUGUUCUUACAACACAAAAAAAAUGCAAAUAUCUGUAUUUUUACAGGGGAAUGUUCAGGCUGAGCCAUGUUUUCAUAAGCUGGGAAAGGAAGAACAGAGUUGUAGCAUUAAUGUACUGAAACAAAGAAAGUUUGCCACCAAAGAAUAUAGCCCUGGACAUGAAAUAGCAGCAUGGAACAAUCUCCCUUCCAAACUGAGAACAUGAAUAAGACACAUUGCCAUGGCAACUGAAAAUUUACCUUAUAGAUCAGCUGGAUUUCUACAUCUUACCCAGCAGACAAGAACAGCGAAAGCCAAAAAGCCAAAGGUCAUACUGACUUCAAGUGCAUUAAGGUGAUGCAAAUGCCUUAAGAUUUUUUUUCUUUUAAUGGAGUAUCUCAUGUAAAGAAAACAUCAAAGUUGAGAUGUAAACAUGUUGAUUUAUUGUAGCCGUCUUCCCCCCAUUCUUUACUUCCUUCUUUGCUCCCAUUUUUCCAUCUUCAUUACUGUGGGUGCUGUUUAAGUUGCAGCCCGGCUGCAGUUAGCAGGAGUGAACUUUCACAAAAGUCACAGGUGAUUGGCUGCAGCUGACAGCACAGAGAUGGGAUGUCCAGACCUUAAGGGAAGGGAAGCUGCCUGUUAGCUCUCUUUGCUGUUGAAGAAAGUGUGUCUUUUCAAUAAAGCCUCUCCAGGGAGGCUGUACAUACUGCAGCAACACAGAUGCUCGGAAGUGAACUUGAUGGAUGUCUUGUUACUUGUAUCUGCCUUCAGGUACCCUGGCAAUACCAUGAGACUGUCUUGUUAUGUAUUCCAUUCCCCAAGCAGAAAACCACAGCACCAGCAAAUACAGAUUUGAAAACCUCUGGUGUAACUUCUUGCAAAAGCAAAGCCUGUAGUUUCAGAAGUGCUGUAGCAGUAAGCAAGUAACAGCAGUGCACCUUCCUAGCCUUCGGGCAUUCCCAUUCCCCCACACCCCACUCCAGGGGACUGCCAGCCCACUCCUCAGAAGCACAGUAGCAUGGCUGAGCACAUACAUGCAACCAGAAGAACUCAUGCAAUUAGUGGUGAAUUAUAGACUCACUGUUACUUGAAGCAGUUAGUGACUUCAGCAGAACUGUAGGAACUGCACCCUUGGCACAGAGAAGGGAACAAGCAUGAUGCAGUGCCCAGUCCUGCAGUCAUCAAGGGUUAUGAAUCCAAGCUCCUUUAGCACAAAUUCACUUUACCAUGGACACCUACAGAAACCAGCUCUGACACCCAGAGGUGUUUCCAGGUAGAAAUCAAGUUUUCUCUGACCAAAGUGAUCAAAUUCAAGGCAAGCGCAUUGUUGCCAUUACCCAGCCAGCUUUCACUCACCAUCUCUUUUUUGAAGCACACAAGCAUGGAUGAAAACAACAUUAUGCUAAAUCAAAGACAGACAAAAGAAAGAUUUCCUCACUGCUGUCAUUCUUUUUCCUGUUUUAUAUUUUGU